UAUGAUGGAUAAUCAUCAUAACCAUCAUAGGGAAAAUGAAUUUGAAUAUCAAGAAAUCCAGAAAGCAAAGACAUCAUCAAAAUUCAAUAGAUCAAGGACUAUACACAGCCCGAGAAACUCGAUUGAAUUCCCCGAAAAGCCCUUGUAUCUCUACCCUUCUCCUCAUUCGAUCGAACGUAAUGGCUCCAUUAAAAAGCUUCAUUGCUCACCUUUAGGAUCCAUGGUUGGAACUUCAUUCAAAGGAAAAGUGAAAAAGUUGUAUUCAAUUUUCGAUUCUCGUAAGGAAAAUCAUCGAUCCUCGAUUCCAAAACCUCAAACCAAGCAUUCAAAGCCAUUGAUUUCGAACACUCUGUUAUUGCCUGGAACAGAGGAUCGUGUGGUAAUUUACUUCACGAGUAUACGUGGAAUUCGAAGGACAUUUGAGGAUUGUUACACAGUGAAAAUGAUAUUAGGAAGCUAUCGUGUUAAAGUCGAUGAAAGAGAUGUCUCGAUGCACAUCGCGUAUAGGAAGGAAUUACAAAAUGUUAUAGGUGAGAAGAACAACAAUAGUAUUGUGACAUUGCCACAAGUUUUUAUCAAAGGGAAAUACAUUGGAGGUGCUGAAUUGAUCAAGCAAUUGAAUGAAAUUGGCGAAUUACCGAAGUUAUUAAGAGGGAUUCCUUUAAGGCCAAUUGGUUAUAUUUGUGAAGGUUGUGGGGAUGUACGAUUCUUGCCUUGCUCGAAUUGCGAUGGCAGCAGGAAAUUUUUCGACGAAGAUGAAGGACAAGUUAGGAGGUGUCUUAUUUGUAAUGAGAAUGGAUUGAUUCGAUGCACACUUUGUUGUUCUUGAUCUAUAGAAAUUUGUGAGAUGUAUUUAUAACAUGUUCGUUGUCGCCUUAUAGUUUUUUAGU